AUGGGCGAUGCAAACGCCGAUGACCGCGUGGUCGUAGACCUCGGCUUUGACAAAGAUGCAUCAAACGUGUACCUUGCCCGAGGGAAGGACUGGAUCGGCUCGUCGGCAGUGAGUCGGAAAGACAUGAUGUCGCAUUUCCGCUUGGACGCGUCGCUCAAGGCGAUGAGCGCGGCUGAGUUGCCUACCGGAUGCAAGCAUUUGCUCAAAGGUCUCGGUCUGAGCAACUCCCAUGCUGACUUGACCAGUGACUACGGCACCAACUUGUCGCUGUUGACGGUGCUUGACGAACGAGCAUUCGGACGUCCCAUCGAACCCCUUCCAGACCACAUGGUGCAAUCGGGGUUCCAGUUCCCUACGACAGCACCGUUGACCAGUGCUACGACCUUCCACAAGACGAGUAAGGCGGCGCGCCCAGGAUUUGUGCAGCCGCCGCCCUCGAAGACUACGGCAUCGGCGCCAGUAGACACGAAGACGGCGGCCGCGGCGACCGUGACCGCCCAGGAAAAGCUCAAGAAGGACGAAAAGAAGAAGGAAAAGAAGCGCAAACGCGAAAAGGAGGACGCCGAAAGCCUCAAGUCGAUUCUCGACCCGCUCGUGCAUGAUCUCAAAGCGCUUACGUGGAAGGCCUGGCCCGACGCCAAGGGCAAGCCAAGCAACCCGUUCAUUGUCAAGAUCACUCGGGACAACUGCAAGGCGCUGGGGGUGCCCAACUACUUCGACUUUAUCCAGGAACCCAUGGACCUCACUCGCGUUGGCGAAAAGGUGCACAAGCAAGCGUACACCAAGCUCGACCAAGUGGAGGCGGACGUGGCGCUAUUGGUGGCCAAUGCGAAGCGGUUCAAUCGAGAAGGCGACCCGGUGCAUCAGAUGGCAAUCGAGUUCCAGAAAGCGUUUGACGACAAGCUCAGGGAAGUGUACCGGCCGAUCAUGGACGACCUUGCCGCGACGCGGAAGAAGCAAAAAAAAGAAAAAAAGAAGAAAAAGGACAAAAAAAGCAAGGACAAAUAA